AUGGUUGUCCCUCUAGCCCUCCCUCCAAAUACUACUCAGGAUGCAUUCUCUCGUUUCUUGACCGAAGUAUCAACGACCGUUGGUCCUGAGAAUAUCAAAGUAGUUCAAUCGGCCGACGAGCUACAGGAUGGAUCCUACCUCGAACAACCACGAACCCACGAUCCCCAUCAUAUCCUGGACCAAGACUACUUUGUAGCAUCUGCUGUUGUCUGUCCACGUAAUGUACCAGAGAUCCAGUCUUUGGUGAGAGCAGCCAACGAUUAUCAAAUUCCCCUCUGGCCAACUUCCAUCGGUCGUAACUCUGGAUAUGGAGGAGCCGCUCCUCGUCUUCGUGGAAGUAUUGUGUUGGAUCUGGGAAAGCAUAUGAACCGAGUCUUGGAGGUCAAUAUCAACGGUGCUUAUGCCGUUGUGGAGCCCGGAGUGACAUUCUCUGACCUUUAUCAAUACUUGGUUGAUAAUAAGUUGGAUGACAAGCUUUGGAUCGAUGUUCCUGAUCUAGGAGGUGGCUCUGUGAUUGGUAAUACUGUCGAGCGGGGGGUCGGUUAUACUCCUUAUGGCGAUCAUUGGAUGAUGCAUUGCGGUAUGGAGGUGAUACUUCCCACUGGAGAGAUAAUGCGUACUGGUAUGGGAGCUUUACCGGAGCCAAAGAAGCCAGGUGCACCAGAAGUUCCUCUACACGAAGAACCUGGUAACAAGUGCUGGCAACUGUUCCAGUAUGGAUUUGGACCAUACAAUGAUGGUCUCUUCUCUCAAAGCAACCUAGGGAUAGUCACCAAAAUGGGAGUCUGGCUCAUGCCAAACCCUGGAGGGUAUCAGUCUUAUCUCAUUACCUUCCCAAAAGAUGAGGACCUUCACAAGGCUGUUGAUAUUAUUCGGCCCCUCAGAUUGCAAAUGGUUCUUCAGAAUGUCCCAACAAUCCGCCACAUUCUGAUGGAUGCAGGUGUUAUGGGGACGAAGGCUUCAUAUACAAAAACCACCGGCCCUCUUGGAGAUGUAGAGCUGGAUCAAAUUGCCAAGAAGCUCAACCUUGGAAGAUGGAACUUCUACGGUGCACUCUACGGCCCCAAGGCCACUCGUGACGCUCUGUGGGGUAUCAUCAAGAAGGAAUUCUCCGCGAUUGAAGGGGCAAAUUUCUUCUUCCCGGAGGACAUCAAAGAAAACUGCGUGCUACACACCAGAGACAAGACUCUACGCGGAAUCCCAACUUUCGAUGAGCUGAAAUGGAUUGACUGGGUUCCAAAUGGUGCACACCUGUUCUUCUCACCCAUCAGCAAAGUCUCAGGCGAUGAUGCCAUGCUUCAGACUAACAUCACCAAGAAGAGAGUGAUCGAGGCAGGAUUUGACUACAUUGGUGACUUCUGUAUUGGCAUGAGAGAAAUGCAUCACAUUGUGUGCCUCGUCUUUGACCGCACGAACGCCGAGGAGAAAAAGCGACUCCAUCAGCUUAUCAAAACCCUCAUUGAUGACUGCGCGGCCCAUGGUUGGGGUGAAUACCGGACUCAUUUGGCUAUCAUGGAUCAGAUUGCGGGAACUUAUAAUUGGAAUGAUAAUAUCCUGAUGAGGUUCAAUGAGACUGUGAAAAAUGCCCUUGAUCCUAAUGGAAUCAUGGCACCCGGAAAGAAUGGUAUCUGGCCUAAGAACUUUAAGAGAAGUUUGUACAAAUUAUAA